AUGAGCAUCUCUUGGGUCCGUGCUUUCUCGACGUCGAGAAGCCUUGGGAGAGCAGGUUAUUCCCUGGUGGAGCCCGUGCACCACCUUGUGAAAAUCAACAAGGCUGCUUUGAGUCCAAGAUACGAAGAAGUCUUGAUGCCAAAGGACGACAUCAGAUCUCUUGGUUUCAAGCCAACAGAAUUCGAGCAAGAUAGAGUCAAGGAACACUUCAACCACACUCUUGAAAGUGACUUGAUGCUUGCUCUCUACGAGCACGAUGCCCAGACUAUUGUGGGUGAGAAGAGAAGAAGAUGGGAACCCGACUCGCCAUAUGCUCUCUACCGUCAUCUCAGAAAAGCUAGACAUGUCAACAGACCAACCAGAGAUGUUCAUCCUAUUGGUCCUGACAAUGUUCCUCGUCUUACGGGUAUUUCUAUUAACUUGUACGCCAAAGAAGCCGUCGUCGACCCAGUUCACAACAUUGCAGCCAGAUUGCAAAUUGCACAGAUCACCAACGUCAAACCCCAGCAAACAAAACUUAAGGUCAACUACCAGCCAUGGAAGCUUAGGAAAGGUAAAAGAUGUGGUGCCAAGGUUGAGCUUCUAGGUCAGGACAUGUCCCAGUUCUUGACCACUUUGACCGAAUUGGUUUUGCCUAGAAUCAGAACCUUCAAAGGUAUCAGUGAAACUUCCGGAGACAACAACGGUAACAUUUCCUUCGGUUUGGAUACCGAUGAUGUCAAGUUCUUCCCAGAGAUUGAGAAUUUCCAGGACUUGUACCCUAAGCUCUUUGGAUUCCACAUAACUUUCAAGACCACAGCCAGAACUGAUGAAGCCGCCAAGGCCUUGUUGAGUUCUCUUGGUCUUCCUUUCUACAAAAAGUAG